UGUUCUCUCACAUUCGCCAAUAACCUGAGACUCGUUCCCUGGAAAAACAAACCCCAUUCCAAACCCCCACUUUCCGGCCUCCAGCGAGCUUCAAGAGCGGGGGAACCGCCGUCUUUUCUUCCAUUUCUUUCACUCAGGCGAUUGCAAGGAUUGGACGGAGGUGCUGAGGCAAGAUGUGGCGCUGUGUUUCUCGUGGCCUUCGCGCUUCUUCUUCUUCCUUUUCCAGGAAAUCGUCGCCUAAUGAUCACCUCAGAUCUCACUUUUCUCGAUUCUUCUCCGAUUCGACGGCAGGUCGCUCGUCAUACACUGUGGUUGAUCACACAUACGAUGCGGUUGUGGUAGGAGCCGGUGGUGCAGGGCUUCGAGCUGCUAUAGGAUUGUCAGAACAUGGAUUUAAUACUGCCUGCAUUACUAAGCUUUUCCCAACUCGAUCUCACACUGUUGCAGCUCAGGGAGGUAUUAAUGCUGCACUGGGAAACAUGACUGAGGAUGAUUGGAGGUGGCACAUGUACGACACUGUCAAGGGGAGCGAUUGGCUAGGUGAUCAGGAUGCCAUUCAAUACAUGUGUAGAGAAGCACCAAAAGCAGUUAUUGAGCUUGAGAAUUAUGGACUUCCAUUUUCUCGUACUGAAGAGGGAAAAAUAUAUCAACGUGCAUUUGGUGGUCAGAGCCUCGACUUUGGAAAGGGUGGACAGGCAUAUCGUUGUGCAUGUGCUGCAGACCGAACGGGGCAUGCUUUAUUGCAUACUCUCUAUGGCCAGGCUAUGAAGCAUAACACACAAUUUUUUGUGGAAUAUUUUGCUUUGGAUCUUUUAAUGAAUAGUGAUGGUAGCUGCCAGGGAGUGAUAGCAUUAAAUACAGAGGAUGGUACACUACAUCGGUUCCAAGCUGCAUCAACAAUUUUAGCUACUGGGGGUUAUGGCAGAGCAUAUUUCUCUGCCACCUCUGCUCAUACCUGUACUGGAGAUGGAAAUGCCAUGGUUGCACGUGCUGGGCUUCCACUUGAGGAUUUGGAGUUUGUGCAGUUUCAUCCAACAGGAAUAUAUGGUGCUGGAUGCCUUAUUACUGAAGGAUCUCGUGGUGAAGGAGGCAUUCUUAGGAACAGUGAAGGUGAGCGCUUUAUGGAACGAUAUGCCCCAACAGCAAAGGAUCUUGCAUCAAGGGACGUUGUCUCAAGAUCCAUGACGAUGGAAAUUCGGGAGGGUCGUGGUGUAGGACCACUGAAGGACCACAUCUAUCUUCAUUUAAAUCACUUACCCCCUGAGGUACUGAAGGAGAGACUUCCGGGUAUCUCAGAAACUGCUGCCAUUUUUGCUGGCGUUGAUGUUACCAAAGAGCCCAUUCCAGUGUUACCUACAGUGCAUUAUAAUAUGGGUGGAAUUCCAACUAAUCAUCAUGGAGAGGUAGUUACAAUCAAGGGCAACGAUCCAGAUGCUGUAAUUCCAGGAUUGAUGGCUGCUGGCGAGGCAGCUUGUGCCUCGGUUCAUGGUGCCAAUAGGCUUGGUGCAAAUUCGCUUUUGGACAUUGUUGUCUUUGGACGAGCUUGUGCAAAUAGGGUAGCAGAGAUCAGUAAACCAGGGGCCAAGCAAAAGCCGUUGGAAAAUGAUGCUGGUGAGAAGACAAUUGCAUGGCUAGACAAAUUAAGGAACGCAAAUGGUUCACUUCCCACCUCAAAUAUUCGGUUGAACAUGCAACGAAUUAUGCAAAACAAUGCUGCUGUCUUCCGAACUCAGGAGACCUUGGAAGAAGGUUGCAAAUUAAUUGACAAGACAUGGGAGAGUUUCCAUGAUGUGAAGGUCAAGGACAGGAGUUUAAUAUGGAACACUGAUUUGAUCGAGACAAUUGAAUUGGAAAAUCUUUUGAUCAAUGCCUCUAUUACCAUGCACUCUGCUGAAGCCAGGAAAGAGAGCAGAGGAGCACAUGCUCGUGAAGAUUUCACAACAAGAGAUGAUGAGAACUGGAUGAAGCACACAUUGGGAUUCUGGGAGAAUGAGAAGGUCAGGCUGGACUAUAGGCCAGUGCACAUGAACACAUUGGACGAUGAGAUGGAAACAAUCCCUCCCAAGGCCCGUGUAUACUGAUGACUUAUUCAACCAUAAUAGAUGGAAGAAGACUGCAAUAAAUCACUAUAGGUAAGCCAUGUGGAUGGUAAUUAUUUAAAGUUGUGUACUAUCUGCAACUUAAGCAGGUCGGUCGUUUUUAUGCUUGCAAGUAAAUUAUUUCAUUGAGCGUAAGCAUAAAUUCGAUCUGCAGGCCGAGAUGCCUUGUCUUUUUAUAUUGUCUUUUCUUUGCCAUGGCCUACCAGUUGAUAUGACUGUUUUGAAAGGAGAUGGACGUUUAUGAGGUACAAACAUGUAUCCAAUUCAAGUAGGAGAUUUCAAAUUUUUUUUUACUCAAUAAAGUGUUUUGAGGUGAACUUUUCUGAGUUUUUCC